GUGUGCUUCGUGAGCAUCUAUGGCAAGCCUCUGGUGAACGCGCUGGAGCUGAGGCCGCUGCCCGCAGCGACUCCCUCAGUCACCUCUCUAUUCUUUCUGACCUUCCCUCCCCCCUCUCCCCAGGUGUGCUUCGUGAGCAUCUACGGCAAGCCACUGGUGUGCUUCGUGAGCAUCUACGGCAAGCCGCUGGUGAACGCGUUGGAGCUGAGGGCCCCCCCAACGUCUCCCUCAGUCACGUCCCUUACCUUUCUGACCUUCCCUCCCCCCUCUCCCCAGGUGUGCUUCGUGAGCAUCUACGGCAAGCCGCUGGUGAACGCGCUGGAGCUGAGGCCGCUGCCCCCGGCGUCAUACGUGUCGCUGCCCGACCCCUCCGGAGUCAUGCUGCUCUGGUGGCGCCUCUUCAGUGCCAACGACUCGCUCACCAACCGCAUGCUGCGCUACCCCUACGACCCCUUGGAUCGCAUCUGGGAUGCAGACGGUGUGAUGGCAACAAGUGGGGGCGCUGCCUCGUCCACCCUCAUACUCUCUCACCUCUCCACCCCUCUCCACCCCUCUCCAUCCCUCUCCACCCCUCUCCACCCUCCCAGCUACCCCUACCCCUACGACCCAUUGGAUCGCAUCCGGGAUGCAGAUGGCGUGAUGACCACCAGUGGGGGCGCUCCCUCCUCCACCCUCAUGUUUGACUACUCUCUCACCCCUCCACCCGUCUCCACCCCUCUCCGCCUCUCUCCACCCCUUUCCACCCUUCCAGAUCGCAUCUGGGAUGCAGACGGUGUGAUGGCCACCAGUGGGGGCGCUGCCUCGUCCACCCUCAUGUUCGACUAUUCUCUCGACUCCUACGUUUUUGGCACACCGAUUAACGUUAAGCCGGCUAUAGGGGCUAGAGCCGCGGCUGCAGCUACUUCUGCUGCGAUUGGCACUGGGGAUUCGGGCCGAACAGUGGUGGGGGAGAGUGCGUCAGUAGAAGCAGAGGAAUCGGCGCAAGCGGCGGCAACAGCAGCAGCAGCAGCAGCAGCAGCAGCAGCAGCAGCAGCAGCAGGGACAGCAGGAGCAGCAGUGGUAGGCCAAGGGACAGCAGAAGCGCUAGCACCGGGAGAAGCAAGUUCAGCAGUGGUUGCAGCAGCAUCAGAGCAAGCAAUCACAGGGAACGGCACAACCAACGCUGCCCCUGCCUUUCUACAGCUCACAGCGCGCACAGUGCCACAGGCCCCCGGUGGCACCAUGGACAGCAGCAGUGGCCUGGAAUACCAGUUUCAAUUCCUCGAGAGCCCUGCGAAUUUCCAGCUGAUUCUGUACUUUACGAACGUGGAGGGGCGGGUGAAGCGGGCGGGGGACAUGGUGUUUGAUAUUGUGUUGAACGAGCAGGUGGUGGUUGGCAGAUUUGAUUUGCCCGUCGCUACCAGCCGCCUGCCGCCAGCCAUCAGCGGCAUCGAGAUGUACGAGGUGUUCCCCGCUGCCAAGCCAACGCCCGCUGAUGAAGUCUCCGCCCUGCGCGAAUUCCAAAGGCUGCUGGGGGCGCCAGCGUCUUUGGCCGGGUGGCAGGGGUCGGACCCCUGCAACCCCAUCAAGUGGGCGGGCAUUCAGUGCACUCAGGCGCAGGGGGACAGCGAGUCACACGUCAGCGGCAUCUACCUGGGCAACUACAGUCUCCACGGCCCCAUCUCGCCAGCUCUGGCUAACGUCUCUCGCCUCCAACACCUCUGGGUGAACGACAACAACCUGGAGAACGAGAUUCCCAGCUCUCUUGGCGACCUGGGGGAUCUCUCUACUCUUCUAUUGCAGAACAACCAUUUAACAGGGGGGGUGCCUCAGUCGCUCACCAACCUCACCAAUCUGGUCCAGCUCGCAGGGGCACAAGGGGGAGGACACAGGGGGAACAGGGGGCGCAGGGGCACAAGGGGGAGGACACAGGGGGAACAGGGGGCGCAGGGGCACAAGGGGGAACAGGGGGCGCAGGGGCACAAGGGGGAGGGCACAGGGGGAACAGGGGGCGCAGGGGCACAAGGGGGAGGACACAGGGGGAACAGGGGGCGCAGGGGCACAAGGGGGAGGGCACAGGGGGAACAGGGGGCGCAGGGGCACAAGGGGGAGGACACAGGGGGAACAGGGGGCGCAGGGGCACAAGGGGGAGGACACAGGGGGAACAGGGGGCGCAGGGGCACAAGGGGGCACCGGGGCAGCACAGGGGGCACAGAGGGGGCACAGUCCCCUGUCCCGGGGCGCAGCCGCCAAAUCCCUCUCUUUUCCUUGCUCCCCUCCUUCUCCCUCCUUUUUAUUUCCCUUAUUUCGCCCAUCUCUCCUCCCGCCCGUCCCCUUCUCUCUCUUCCCCCAGUGCCACGGGCAACGACCUCUGCUCCCCCCAGGGCCUUUACGAUCUCCCCAACUGCCGAGCCCACUUGCCCUGAUUCUUUCUUUUCCCCUUACCCGCUCCUAUCUUCCUCCCUGUUCCCCUCCUCCCCCAGUGCCACGGGCAACGAUCUCUGCUCCCCCCAGGGCCUCUACGAUCUCCCCAACUGCAGAUGCCACGUGCCAUUUGCCACUCUCGUGCAGAUUCCGUCCGUUCCCCCCUCUCCCACGGCUGACUCGAGUGCUACUGGGAGAAACGUGCUGGUAGGAUCUGUGGUGGGAUCUCUAGUAGUUGCUGCUAUUGCUUCGGCGCUGGUGGUGUGGAUGUAUUUUAGAGGGGCCAGGAAGGACAGGGAGAAGGGGGAGAGGGGGGAGAAGGAGGAGGGAGAGAAGCGGGGUGAAGUGGCAGCAGCAGGAGGGGGAGGCGGAGGAGAGGGCGGGGAUGGGGACGAGGGAUCGGGGAAAAGAAGUGAUGGUUAUGGUGGGGGGAGUGGAAGAGGAGAGGGUGAGAGCAGAAGGCAGGCUGUUGGUGUGUCACGGAGCAGAUCAAGGGAAGACAGAGGGAGUGAGAGAGGGGGUGAGAGUGGGAGGGACGGGGAGCGGUCGAGAGGGAGAGGAGAAGGAGGGGAAUUCAGUGAUAGGGAGAGAGAUUCCAUGCCUCUUUCCGGACCUAACUCCAGCUCUACCGAGCCUCUGUUGCCCAAUGGGAAUGUAUCCGAGCGUAAGAGUGAUCCCAAUGUGGAAGGUUCUGCUCCUGCCAUCACUGCUACACAUGCAGCCACAGGUGCCGCAGCAGCAGCAGCUACAGCAGCAGCAGCGGAGGCGGCGCACAACGGACAAAAAGCGCCGCCCAACGGGCUGGCGGUGGAGGCGGCGCCGUUCACUGUGCCGUCCACGCACGUACAGCGGAUGAGUCUGGCAGAGCUGGAGGAGGCGACGGGGGGGUUCUGUGAGGAGCAGAUGAUCGGUGCUGGGGGGUUCGGGCCGGUGUAUCGUGGCGUGCUGGCGAAUGGACGGGUUGUGGCUGUCAAACGGCGAGCGGUGGAUUCCAUGCAGGGGUCGACAGAGUUCAAUAAUGAGCUCAAGUUUCUGUCCAAGAUCCGGCACCCCCACCUGGUGGCGCUGAUAGCCUUCUGUGAGGAGCAGGGGCAGCAGCUGCUGGUGUAUGAGUUCAUGGCGCAGGGCAACCUGCGUGAGCACUUAUACGACCGGUUGGGAGCGCCAAGGGGGCGUCUGCGGUGGCUGCAGCGCCUCUCCAUUGCUGUUGGUGCUGCCAAAGGCAUAGAGUACCUGCAUGUGGCUCUCCGUCCAUCCAUCAUCCAUCGGGACAUCAAGACCACCAACAUUCUCCUCGACGACAGCCUCUGCGCCAAGGUCGCAGACUUUGGGCUCUCUCGCCUGGGGCCGCAGGACAACACGCACGUUUCCACCAAUGUGAAGGGCACUGCCGGUUACCUGGACCCAGAGACUGGAGUGGGUAGAAGGACGGACUUUGGGCUGUCCCGCCUGGGGCCGCAGGACAACACGCACGUGUGCAGCAAUGUGAAGGGCAGUGCAGUGCAGGGUACCUCGACCCAGAGCCAGGACAACACGCACGUGUCCACCAACGUCAAGGGCACGGCUGGUUACCCUCCUCCCUCCGCCCCCCCCACCAGGUACUACACGGUGCAGCAGCUGACAGAUCGCAGUGAUGUGUUCAGCUUUGGAGUGGUUCUGCUGGAGCUGGUCAGCGGGCGGACAGGGGACAGGGAGGCAGGAAGACUGGGAAACCGCCUCACUCAAGUCAUUCUCUACUCCCGUUCGCCCCCUUCUCCUUCCCCUCCUCUUGCAAUCCACACACCAGGUACUACACGGUACUACACGGUGCAGCAACUGACGGAUCGCAGUGAUGUGUUCAGCUUUGGAGUGGUGCUGCUGGAGCUGGUCAGCGGGCGGCAACCCAUCGACCUCAGCCGCCCCCGCGUCGACUGGAACAUCAUUGACUGGGCGAGGAAGCACCUGCAGCAGGGGGACAUAGAGGCAAUAGUCGACCCCACGCUCCCCCCUUCGGAAUUUCUCAUAGACGCCAUGUGGAAGGUGGCCGAGGUGGGGAUCCUCUGUGUCGAGCCCAUGGGUAUCAACCGACCGAGUAUCAGUGAGGUGGUGCGGGAACUUGGAGAGGCUGUUGCUAUGGAGUUAUCGAAUACUCCUGCGCCACACGGGGAUUAUAUGAUGCUGAGGAAGGUGCAGCAAGGGGUCAUGUCGCCGCCCGUUCCACAGGAGAAGCGGCAUUUUUCUGCUGAGGACAAGCCGCGGUUCGCCUCGCCUUUCGGGCAGCCUGGGUUUCAGCCGCGGGCAGGCGGCCGAGAUUUCGAGUCUGCCCGAGAGCCUGCGGGGGGGCAUGGUGUGCGGGGGAAUUCGGAAGGAAAGAGGCGGAUGAGUGACGGGGAAGGUGUGGAUUUGAGUACAGGCAGAGAGGAUGUGCGUAUGGUGAGGGGAGAUGUUUCUAUGAGAGAUGACUUGAGGCCAGAUUAUGAGAUGUCUAGGUCUCACGAUGAGCCACUGCAUGAUUCUGGAUUCGAGGUGUCUCGACCGCACGAUUCGGAUUUCGCGCGAUCUCGGCCGCACAAUCUGGUUACCGCCACCGCAUCGUCACUCUCCGCAGUGGAGUUGACUGAAAUGUCUUCUGACUCAUGGCGGGAAACCCCUUCCCUGCCGUUCUUACUGCCUAGCCAGGGGCAGGAGCAGUUGAGUGGUCGGCUUGAUGAGAGGGCAGUGGGGGUUGAACAGACCGAGCAGCGGAAAAUGGCUGUUCUUGCUCAAUCAGCACCGUCACAGUAG